GAAAAGCCUGGCGGAUUCGGCUGAAGCCGCCAACCCGGAAGUUCGACAGCUCUGGGAGCAGCAUCAAGCUUGGCAGCCGCCCGAACCCGCCGAGGAUCCGGCCAUCCUCUCCUAUCAGCUUCAUAGCUCAAGCAACUCACAUCGCCAGAACAGCGGGGUCACUGCGAUCGACUCAUGUCUGGCCGUGGUGGAGUCUCAGGAGCAAGAAGUCGCUGAGGUGUGUGAUCAAGAUCUUUCCCUGCUGAUAAACGUGGGUGACUCCAUGGUGGAAGCUGCCUCCUUGGGAGCCAUAUCUUCAGUUGGCAUGCACCUGGGUGCAUUGUUUCCCGGGCAAGGAAGGAGGCUACUGCAAAACGUAUGGGCAAAAGAGGUCCCGCGCAUGCUUGACCCUAGAAACAGCCAUCGCAUGUUCAGCUUUGAGAAGUUGCUGGUGAAGUGGCACGCUGCAGAAUCCAACGUGCUGGAUGGUACCCUCGAGGCUGUUCAAUUCACCGAUGGCUCUGUCAAGCUCCUUAUGCGAUGCCAUGUAUCUGCUGCGCAGCAUACAGAGAGCGGGCUUCUGCCAGUACUGCCAGGAAGCUUCCCAGGUUCGCUGGCUGACAUGUCUAAUGAGCCGUAG